GCCAUUAUUUUGGCAUUGUUUUGUGAGGUUGUGUGCGAAUUGUAUACAUUCUUAGUUUGCUGAAGGAAAUUUAAUUUAACACACAGAAUGAGCUCAAAAUCUUCGAUAUCUUUUGACGUCAAACCACUCGAGCAAACAAUCCUCAGCAAUGCCGCAAAGAUUUCUCCUUUCAUCCGGGAGACAACAAUAGGGCCAAAUGCUAGAGAUUGCUCCAUUGAGGAAGGCAUCGGCGGUCUGGCGAUUGCGGAGGACAAGAGCGCACUGGUAGCCAAUAAAGGAGAGAAAAAUAGGAGAGAUUCGGAUGGAAUUAGCGCUGCGCAGAUCAAUUUGAAGGAAUACUUCGAUGACAUUUCGCAUAUCCGGAAGCGAUUGAGUCUGGAGAAGGAGCGCAAGGAGGCCAUCCAGAAGGAAGUGUUGUCACGCAUGAGUCGUCAGAAGAUCCAGCAAACAGACCUGGACGCGAUCUACAGCGAAUCGCAGAAGAGUCUGCAGCGGAAGCUGGCUCUGCUGUGCGAGCAGACGGAGAACAGAGUGAAGCAGACGCUGGAGGAGCAGGAGAGACAAAAUCAAAUACAGGAGGAGAGGAUGCGUGAGGCGAUGCUGGCCAGCAGCAAGCGAAUCGAUAGUGUGCAGAUGAAGUUGAAGCAGGUGCAGGAGAAGCAGAAGAUGAACUCGUGCAUUGAGGCGCUGGGAAAGGCGCAGGAGAAAUUCGUGAAGUGCUUCGAGACGUUCGCCAAGACGCUGCUGGGCGUGGAGAAGAGCCUCCUGCCCAACUACAUGGCCUUCAAUGAGCGAGCGAAGCCUCUGAUGGCCACGUACGAGCAGACAAUCAAGUCCAUCGAGCCGCGGAGCAUGUCUGAGGCGGCUGUGAGGGUCAUUGAGGGCCUAGUGGAGGAUUUCCAGAAGCUGCGCCAGGAGUUGGUGGCGAAGAUCGCCUCGGACGCGGCGGAGGCGGAGGAGGCGAAGCAGAAGGCAGCUCAGGAGGUGCCGAAGGUCAAGGAGAAGUCACCUGUGGAUCAGACGGACGCUGUGCGGAGUGUUCAGGGCCUGAACCAGUUCAUCAGUCCCGAAUCCCAGAAGCAAUACACGCGCGUGAUGAGCAAGCUUAUGGACUACUCCAGUGAGAUUGAGCCGCUGUCCAGGGAUGAUGGCAUGAAGAAGUACCGCUUCAACUGCCAGAAGGCCAUCAACAUCCCAGUGAAUGCCAUCUCCGGUGUGAGUGCCGCCCAUCUCAGGGACAAGCACGACAAGCUGGCCACUCUUCUGGGCGGCAAUCCCGUGCCGUGCGGCGAUGAGCAGGUUAGCGCCGCCGCGCAUCCGCUGGGCAGGAGGUUCUGCACGGUGCUGCUGGCGAAGAAGUUCGUCAACCAGGCGGACAUGAUGGUGGCCAGCAAUCCCAAGGCCGCCUUCCCCAUUGCCGCUGUGAUCGUGGCGCUGUGGCAGAAAUUCCCGGACUUCGGGGAGCUCUUCCUCGCCAACUUGUACAAAGACUGUCCAUAUCUCGUGCCCUACUUCAUCCCGCAGUUCGAGGGCCAGAGCGCGGAGGAGUACUGUCAUGAGCUAGGCUAUAAGACCAUCAAUGGUGCGCAGGAGCCGCAGGACAUGUACUUGAAGCGCAUGGCGGGAAUCGCGAGACUCUACGCUGCCGUUCUCGUGACGAAACUCCGCGCUGGCGAGACACAGAGUCAUCCGCAUGAUCUCAGCCAUGGCUGGGUGUGGCUGUGUAACAUCCUGAACAUGGAUCCGCUACCUGAUAUCUGCGCCACGAUCCUGCUCGAGGUGCUGCAGACUGCCGGCGAGGAGCUGCGGCGACUCUACGGCAGGCAGUUUCUCAAGCUCAUCUUCGCCAUUCAGAAUCAAUACUUCCCGAAGCUGAAGCAGGUGGACGAGGGCGGUCCCAGUGUGCGCCUGGAGGUGCUGCUGGCCAAAGUGAUGCAGGAAGGUAAGUUUGAGCAGCCUGAAGGAAUCCUGCCGCCGAACUUUUGGUGA